UGUAUAUUACUUUAUAUUCUUUAUACUCUAUACUCUAUAUGUAUACUAUUACUUUAUAAUAUUGCUUUGAUUUGAUUUAUCUCUAAAUUAAAGGAUGCGCUAGUUUUUCUUAUGUUUAGAAACGAGGAAACUCGAUUAAGAGCAAAAUAUUUUGUAAUAUAUAUAUAUAUAUAUAUAUAUAUAUAUAUAUAUAUAUAUUCUAAUAAUAAUGUUUAACAAAGUGUACGAUAUCUCUUGCAAUGAAAUUAUGGUACAAGUUUGUCGAAUGUUUUUUGAUUUUUCAAUUUUUGUUUUAUUAGGUCAUUAAUUAAGUAAUCUGAGUCGCAUUUAAAUAUGAAUCAAAUGAAACAUAUAUAUAUAUAUAUACUUAUAUGGCAACACGUACAAUUACAUAGUAACACAACAUUGUAUAUUGUUUAUUGAUUUUAUUUAUAGCAGAAUAAGCAAUCUUUAAACAAGAAACAAAAUUUUUCAAAAUAUCGCUACAAUAUUUGAAUUACCGCAGCUAGAUUCGAUGCAAUUAAUAAUCUCUUAAUUAUUUAAUUAAUGACUUAAUAAUAAUAAAUCUCUUCUUUCAAGCACUCUCGAUAUUGAUUUGCUUUAGUUUAUGUCAAAGUUGUAUUAUCAAACAACGAGACCCAUUUUACUGCGAGACGGGUUACUUCGGAUUCAAGAGAAAUCUGAAAGUUUAAAGAAGCAUUCCUUCGACGUAGCACGUGUCUGCUUAUCGCAUAUCCUCGGACUGUGAAUAGUAAUUAAUAACGGUAUACUCAUUUUUAUCAUUUAUACAUCCACUUCAAAGUUUAAUAUUUAGAAUGUAAUCAAUGACCAUGAUAUCAAAUCUUUUUCUUCAUGUAUCAAAUACCUGUGUAACAAAUUAUAAUCGGAAAGUAAAUAAUAUAUAAAUAAAUAAGAUAGGAAGUAUAUAUGUAUACUUUAAACAGCAAAAGCAACAUGAGAAAUAAAUCUGUAAAAUUCUAUUGAUAUGAUUUUAAUUGUGUAAUAUACAAAAUUAAAGAUGGAAAAUGCCUUCUUUAUAUUCACUAGAAUUUCGCUGUACUAAAUCUUUUCUAAUUUAACAUACAAGUUCAUUGUAUUUAUCAGUACAGUUCUGAUAAUAUACUUCCGUUAUGAUGUGUCGCGUGCUUGUAUGCUGCAGCAAUUUCACGAAUAUGUGUUUAUAUAUCGGUAUCUGUGUUGUGCAAACGUAACAGGAAGUAAAAGAAAGUGACUGACUUUCUUCAUACUUUCUCGCUUCUAGCGCAUCUUGCGCUUCGUCCCCAGAGAUCAGUUUCCUACGGUACGGUACGGUAUCGCGUGCUACGCCUCAUAUCGCGAUUCGCAUUACUUAAGUCGCAAUUGUCAAGUACAACUUUCGUAUUAAUCAUUGUUUAUACCCCUACAUCGUCAAUACAAUCAAAAUUUUCAUUAUAAUGCAAAUUUGCAUAUUGUAAAUUUUAUUAAAUAAAGCGGAAUUAGUGAGCGAGGGGAUAGAUAUAUAUACAAACAAACAAUAACAAAUAAACAGAGUGUGAUCGAGAAAAUGGGAAUUUUUGCACGGCCGAUUUUGCAAGUCCCGGAUUCUUCGAAAGAGAAGAGAACCAUUCGGUCGCAGGCGAAAGCGAGCAACGUGUUGUCACAGGCGCACCAUGUGUCCAGAACGAAACGCGGACAAGCGAUUGGCUCGCUACCAGGAUUCCGUGGAUGUACGAUCUGGAUGACCGGGUUGUCCGGUGCCGGGAAAACGUCCAUCUCCUUCGAGCUUGAGGAAGAUCUCGUCUCUCGGAGGAUUCCCGCGUACAGCUUGGACGGCGACAACGUGCGUACCGGCCUGAACCGCAAUCUUGGCUUCAGCAAGGAGGACCGUGAGGAGAACGUACGUCGCGUCGCCGAGGUCGCGAGGUUGUUCGCCGACGCUGGUAUCGUUGUCCUCUGCAGCUUCGUGUCGCCGUUCGCGGCGGAUCGUAGAUUGGCGCGCGAGAUCCACGAGAAGGCCGAUUUGCCGUUCUUCGAGGUGUUCGUCGAGGCGUCCCUACAAGUAUGCGAGGCCCGUGAUGUCAAGGGUCUUUACAAGAAGGCGCGCCAGGGUAUCAUCAGAGGUUUCACUGGCAUUGACCAGACUUACGACGUGCCGUCCGAACCCGAUCUUGUCGUCAACACCGAGAACACCACCGUCCGUCGAUCUACCGACAUCAUCGUCGACUUUCUCCAGCGCAAACAAAUCAUACCGCGGGGUCUUGAGCAAACUGUUGGAGAGUUGUUCGUGAGCGAGGACAGAUUGGAGGACCUUCGAGAGGAAAUGAGGACACUGUCAGCGUUGGAGAUCGGUGAGAUGGACGUGCAAUGGUUGCAGGUUCUCGCCGAGGGAUGGGCGACGCCACUGAAAGGAUUCAUGAGGGAGGAUGAGUACCUUCAAACGCAACAUUUCAAUUGUUUGAACGAGAAUGGCGUGCGGAUCAAUCAAUCGAUUCCGAUUGUUCUCGCCGUGAGCACCGCGGACAAGGAACGCUGCGUCGAUGCAGCCGCUCUCGUUCUCAAAUAUCGGGGCAAGAACCUCGCCGUGUUGCGCAGCCCGGAAUUCUAUCGUCAUCGCAAGGAGGAACGUUGUUGCCGUCAGUUUGGCACAUAUGACUCCAGGCAUCCUUACGUCAGGAUGAUUCGACAGUCUGGUGACUGGUUGGUGGGCGGCGAUCUACAAGUGACCGAGAGGAUCAGAUGGAACGACGGCUUAGAUCAUUACAGGCUGACGCCGAAUGAGAUCAGGACCAAGUGUCGAGAAAUCGGCGCCGACGCUGUUUUCGCUUUCCAGCUGCGAAAUCCGAUACACAAUGGGCACGCGUUGCUGAUGCAGGAUACUAGAAGGCGCCUUCUCGAGGAGCGUGGCUUCAAAAAGCCGGUUCUUCUUCUUCAUCCUCUAGGCGGAUGGACCAAAGACGAUGACGUUCCUCUAUCGAUCCGGAUACGGCAGCACCAGGCAGUCCUCGAAGAGGGUGUUGUACAUAAAGAUACCAUCCUGGCUAUUUUCCCUAGUCCCAUGUGCUACGCUGGACCUACGGAGGUACAAUGGCACGCUAAAGCGCGCAUGAUUGCUGGAGCGAAUUUUUAUAUAGUUGGUAGAGAUCCUGCCGGUGUUCCUCAUCCUGAUAAAUCCGCUACAUCGGACGGCAAUCUCUACGACGUCACUCAUGGUGCGCGGCUCCUCUCGAUGGCACCGGGCUUGCAAGAUCUCGAAAUCGUACCUUUUCGAGUAGCAGCUUACGAUACGAAGACGAAGAAAAUGUCCUUCUUCGAAGCUAAACGUCAGCAAGACUUCGUUUUUAUUUCUGGCACUAAAAUGCGCAAUUUAGCCAAGAAUAAUGAAAAUCCUCCUGAAGGCUUCAUGGCAUCGAAAGCAUGGGAAAUUGUUGCAAAAUAUUAUCAAACUGCACACACGCAGUCAGAUGGUGGUGAAUAAAUGAUUGUUAAUUGUUAUUUAAUAUAAAUAACAUAAUAUAAAUAUAAUAUAAAUAAUGUUAACGUUAUUAAUAUAUAAAUAAGAUUAAAAAUUUCACGAAUUAGAACAGUAAAAUUAGACCUUAGUCUAAUAUACAUAUAUAGAUAUAAGCUGUUUUAGAAUUGUAGCGAUAAUGAAACAAAUUCUGCAUUUUGUUGCUAGUCUAUUACCUCUGUUAUAUCUUUAUUUAUUGCAUCGUAUGACACACGGAAGGAUGACAUUUUGUAGCUUAAAUAUAUUUGACGAUCAACGAAAA